AAGGAUUGUGCUGAUAUCCUCAGACACAGACCUUGGAGUAAAGACGGUGUGUACACGAUUUACCUCGACAUGAAGACAAAGAAGUCAGUGUAUUGUGACAUGACGACGGACGGAGGCGGAUGGACGGUGAUACAAAGACGACAAGAUGGCGUGACUGAUUUCUACAGGAACUGGACCGAGUACAAGAAGGGAUUUGGUGACGUCAAGCAUGAAUAUUGGCUGGGAAAUGAUGCAAUUCACACACUGACAAAAGACAAGAAACAAGAAUUAAGGAUAGAUCUGGAGAAAUUCUCUAGACAAAAAGCACACGCAACAUACUCCACGUUUUACAUCGGGAACGAGGCUGACAAGUAUAAACUAACUCUAGGUGGAUUUAAGGGUACUAAAGGACUUGGUGAUAGCUUUGGGUCGCAAAACAAUAUGAAGUUCAGUACGAAGGACAGAGACAACGAUAUCUAUAGAAAACACUGUGCUCAAAUCUACACGACAGCAGGGUGGCUAUCUAAUUGUAUAAACGAAAAUCUGAAUGGUGUAUACAGAAAAGACUCCAAGCAAGAUGCCAAAGAACUGAGUUGGCAUCACUGGGGAAAUACAUGGAAGUCGUUGAAGUCGGCAAGAAUGAUGAUUCGCCCAAAGCAAAAAUAAAUAAAUCUUUGUAAAAUAUAGAAUAAAUCUGUAAAACUCUUUGCAAAUAA